UGUCACGAGCGCAGUCCGGUAUAUACUUGUGCAGUGAUCACACGUGGGAGUCUUUCUUGGCAUGUCAUCGUUGAUGCUACCAUGGAAAAACAGAUCAGCUGUGCCAUAUGCUUCGAGAUAUUCGCAAGUGGAGAAAGGGAACCUGUGAUGUUACCUGAAUGUGGUCAUACCGUUUGCAGGCAUUGCCUUGCCAAUCUCCAUGAGGUGAUGUGCCCCUUCUGCAAGAAAUACCACACCGGGAAACCUGUAGGAGACUUGCCAAUAAACUACGCUCUUUUAGGAGUAGCAGAUAUGUACGUAAGUAAGGUAAAGGUAAAGGAGAGAAAGAGCUUGCCACUCGAGCAAACGACAAUCGAUGCUAUAAACGAGAGGUCGCUCAUUCUAAGCAAGGUCUACUUAGCCUUAAAGCAUUCCUUGACCAUGGAUGAGGGAAGCCGUUGCCGAAACGUCUACUCAAAGAAACUGUAUGAUAUUCUUAGAGGUGGAGGAUCCAUCUCAGAACUCGAAGACCUUAAGAUGCAGAUGUCUCCCCCUGACGACAUGGGAGCCAACUCUGCUGAGAAAAGGAAGCGAAGAGGCCUAGCUAUGGAGACUGUGUGUUGCCUUGCCCUGAACAGCGAUGGCCGGAAAGCGAAAAUAGGCUGGGAGGACGGAAACCUUAAUCUUUGCGCUCUAUGUGAUGCGGAUGAUAUUGACGCUCACAUCAUCUUGAAGAUGGCUGAUGUCCUUCCGCUGGUCCCGCGUGAAAACCCAACGGUAUUCAUGGACAUGGCCACCGCAACCGGCAAAGUGGGCCGCAUCUACAUCAAGGUUUGGUCUCACUUGCGGCGCGGCCAGCAUUUCCUAGCGUUAUGUCGGGGUCAUCUCGGCUACUCGUUCAGGGAAUCAUCAUUUUUGAACCUCAUAAAGCAUGAGGAAAUUCCAUGCCUUACUGGAGGCUUUUAUUUGACGGAAAAUGGCCCCGUUGGCGAGGCGCUGAUGGAUGAUCUUCAGUGGGACGAUGGACACCAAUGGCCGGGGCGCAAGGGUUUAGUUAUUGGCUGGAAAUGCCAAGAAGUAGAGCAUCAAACUACCUUUGCUAUAGUACUGGAGAACUCUUCCGUUUCUUUUCCCUGCUCUUUUGGCGAGGUGGUUUCCGGAAUGUCAGUCGUAGAGAGUAUUGCUGCAAGACGCUUGGUGGCGGAGCCAAAAAUUGUGGAAGUGGGGAUAGUGAUUCCUGAGUUCGUCUCUGAUCAUCAGCUACUGAACCCAUAGGAAUAGGGCUGAGACGGAACCCAAAGGAAUAGGGUAAAAAAGAAAGAAAAAAAAACGAGAAACUCGAAGGUACAUCCAAAAUUACCGGAAAGAAGAAAGAUAAACCAACAACGACAUCCCCCCAAAACAACCUGGCAACAUGACACAGAAAAGCACAGGAAGCUAAAAGUGAGUCAUCUUGGCCUCAGUGACGUGGAGUGCAGAGGAGUGGACACAUGGGGUGAGAUGGACCACCCCCCCUCUGAUUUCAAGCAGAAAUUACGAGGUUCUGAUUUUGGCCGUUAGAUGUCAUUCGCGUUCCCCAGUGGUGACGUCACUGGUAGUAGCUGUCACUCUCAGUUGCACAUUUGCUCUCUAUAAGAAGGGUAUUGUCUUUAUCUGUGGCGUUGGUGUUUCUUUGCACAAGGUGACAAACAGUUUUUGUAUUGGAAUAUUAAUUUUAAUGCUUAUGUUGGAUAUACCUGUGUGUGUGUGUGUGUGUGUGUGUGUGUGCGUGUGCGUGUGCGUGUGCGUGUGUGUAUGACAGAUCUGUGCCAUGAAUUGGUACACAAAUCAUGGAUGAUUUGGUAAAUAUUUCCAGACUGAACCCAUAGGAAUAGGGCUGAGACGGAACCCAAAGGAAUAGGGUAAAAAAGAAAAAAGAAGAAAAAAAAAACGAGAAACUCGAAGCUACAUCCAAAAUUACCGGAAAGAAGAAAGAUAAACCAACAACGACAUCCCCCAAAAACAACCUGGCAACAUGACACAUAAAAGCACAGGAAGCUAAAAGUGAGUCAUCUUGGCCUCAGUGACGUGGAGUGCAGAGGAAGAUUCAACUCUGCUUGUGUUGUAAUGACUCAAUUUGUGAUUCAGAGGAAAAGGAUGAAUUAGUGGAAGUUGCGAGAGCACAUCAGCAUCGUGCAGUAGAUGACGAUUUUUGUUUUUGUUUUUGUUUUAUGCGAGUAAAAAAUAUAUUUCUUCGUGUUAAGGUUAAUGGGUAAGAUCAACCCAUGGGGUCUAUCUCACCCCAUUUUAAUUUUUGGCACAAUAAAGAUAUUAAAACUCUG